AUGAAGUCACUCCAACAAACCUGUCAGGAUAGGCUCAUCAACGACCUCUCUCAGGCUGUAGACGGAGUACAAGCACCAGCACGGUAUUGCUGCGGAGGCUCGGUCCUUCUUGAUGUCUAUGAUCAGGUCGUCAUUUACUGGAAUGAUGCGGAUGAGGACAUUAUCUCAAGAAAGAUUGAAUUUCCAUUUGAGCGGUCGCCAAAGACGUUUAAAGGUUUGCACCGCUUGAUAGAAGCUUGCAACAAAAUCGGCAGAUUGGAAGCACAUCGCAUCACCACAGGCUUCCAUCCCCAUGACGUCGGAAUUCUUGAUCUCAUCUCACAGAUACUUCUCCCCAGCUUCCAAGGAGAGUUUCUGAAACUUCGACCUCAGCAUCGAGGUGUUACAGCCAAGUUCGAAGGACUCUACGUUAUGCAAGGACCUGCGAGCAAGUCUCAAAAGCCGUUCAGGAUCUCGGACGAUGCGAAUUUCUUGGGAACUUUGAUUUGUUGUAUUCCUAUGGAUCAUACUGGUGGAGAGCUUAGUGUACUAAACAAUGAAGAUUGGAGUCGCUUUCCCUGGACCGACGAAACCGACCAAAAUGUCGUCGUUGAUCAAGAUCCGAUCACUGGAACAGUUGUCGGAGUACUCGGAAACGAUAUUAAUUCUGAUGAUCUGCGUGAAGGUCAUCCUCCCGACGAACCAUAUGACGAGAAACAAUGGGAUACCUCAAGUGAAGAUAGCGUCAAGCAUGACACUCCCAAAUUCAGACAACAUGCUCUCCAUUGGGCUGCAUUUGUGGAAGAUUGUGACUACCAGAUUGAGCCCAUACGAGACGGCUUUCAGAUCUUCCUUAGUUAUGAUCUCUUCGUCACCGAGCGUUGUGGUACAUUCGUACAAGGGAUACGGCUUCUGGAAUCGACUGUCUUCCCACUGUACAAAGGGGUGCAAGCAUUGUUCCAUUGCCCGGCUUUUCUCAAGAAAGGUGGCAUUAUCGGCUAUCACUGUCAACACAAAUAUUUCCACACGAACGAGGAUACCGUUGGUCGUAUGCCGUAUGAUCUCAGGGGAGUUGAUCUAGUUCUCUACACUAGUUUCAAGGCUUUGGGAUUAGAAGUUGAUAAAAAGCCCAUCCUCAAAAAAAAGGAUCUCGAAGAUUUUGUGAUGAAAGAUUGGGAGCACGACCAUGAAUUCGGUAGAUAUAAUCAAAUGACGCCAGAGGAACAGAAUGACUGGCUGAGAGACUUCCACCAGAAGACGUGUGGUUGUGGUGGACAGCAUAGCAUGAAAUUCCCUAACGCCUGGGAAUGGAUUGCGCAAUUCCCCCACACGUACGCUGGAACUGAGUUCCAUGAACGCGAUAAAAACUUUCGAGACAUGCGGUGUACGCACAGGGGACGUUUCAUCGAUGAGAAAGAAACUGAGCGGCACAAAUUUGACAGAAGAAAUGUCAUCAAUGAUGUAUGGCCCUUCGAGAUCAAGGGAAAUGUUAUCUGGCUGAAACGCACUGGUUAUCCCACGUACGAGACAGCCUUGGAGCUUCGAUAUAUGGACGACUUCGAAGAUGGGCAGGACGAUAUACCGUUCAGGUCUUUAGUUGCUGUAUUUGUCAAAUUCAGCAGUAAGAAUCAGUUGGAGGUGACUGAAAAGUCGGAGACGCCUUCGUAA